UUAAACAGAUACGUGACCUCUGAAUGAGAAAAUACCUCUCGGUGAAAAAAGAAAACGAAACCGCAGCUGACGUAGGCGCUGAGCGGAGGCGCUGCUCAUUCCACUUAUCUGUGAGCGUCAGGCUGUGAGCGCUUCAGUGGGAACUAUGGACAAUCAGUGAGCAUGUGUCCUGCUGUGAUCACACUGACCGAACGGAUUCAAUCCAGGAUGGAGUACAAAAAUGAAAAUGCUGGUAUAGAACUGCUUCUUGCUCACAUGAACAUUGAAGACUUCAUCCAAGAGGCAGAGAAUUUCUACUGUGUUGACGAAGAGGUGGAACCAGAAGUUUCGUUUGAGGAAAGCUUCUCUCAGGAAGACAUGGAUGAGAUUGAGGAGACGCCUCAGGAUAUAAUCUCACAUGUGCAAAGUCCUGGAAAGGUUCGUUAUGGGACAGCAUCUGACCUCCUGGACUUUGUAAAUAUGGUUUCAAACAAACCAUCCUCUCUUUCAGAGGUGGGUGAAGAAAUGGGCGUUCUGUUAAACAAGACAGACAUGGUCAUUAAGGAGGGGCAUUAUCGCAUUGACUUGGACGUGCUUCUAUUUCCAUGGAAGCUGACCUACAAGCCCCCAGGCCCUGGACAUGUUCCCAAAGGCUCAUUUGGGAAAGUCCAUUUGGCUCAGGACACCAAAACGCGGAAGCGAAUGGCAUGCAAACUAAUUCCUGUGGAACAUUUCAAGCCUGCAGAUGUGGAAAUCCAAGCCCGGUUCCGGCACGAGAACAUAGCAGAGCUGUACGGGGCAUUGCUGUGGGAGCAGACGGUGCAUUUGUUCAUGGAAGCGGGUGAAGGGGGCUCGGUUCUGGAGAAGCUGGAUAGCUGUGGUCCAAUGAGAGAGUUCGAGAUCAUUUGGGUCUCUCAGCAGGUUCUGCGAGGCCUUGAGUACCUGCACUCUCACAAGAUUAUACACCACGACAUCAAACCCAGUAAUAUCGUGCUAAUGUCGGCCAAAGCCGUGCUGGUGGAUUUUGGGCUUACAGUACAGAUGAAGGAUGAUGUAUAUGUUCCUCGGGAUUUACGUGGCACAGAGAUGUACAUGAGUCCAGAGCUGGUUUUAUGUCGAGGACAUAACACAAAGACUGACAUCUACAGUCUGGGAACCACAAUCAUACACAUGUUGAGUGGAAGCCCUCCAUGGGUUAGGAGAUAUCCCAGAACAGCCUACCCCUCAUACCUUUACAUAAUCCACAAACAGGCCCCUCCUCUAGAAGACAUACCUGAAAGCUGCAGUCCCGCGAUGCGGAGGCUCCUGGAGCAUGCGCUCGAAAGGGUGCCCGCGCUGAGAAGCUCUGCCACCGAAUUACUGAACGAGGAGGCCCUCCAUCCUUCUCGGGAUGACCAGCCGCGCUGUUGGAGUCUGGAUUCUGCGCUGGAGGAAGGCACACAUCCAAUGCUGCGACAGCACAGUCAGCUGUCAGACAGCACCCAAGAUUCAUCCUUGUACACUGAGGAUUCUGGGCAUUCUAAGAAGAAAGGUUCCCUCUAUAUAGAUCUGGGCGCCUUGACUGGCUACUACAAUCUGGUUAGAGGGCCACCAUCUAGUGAAUAUGGCUAGUUAAGAUGGAGUUUUGCUGAGGACCAAUGCGGUACUUGUAUAGUUUGCAUUCAUAUACAUGCUGUCAGAAUUGCAUAGAUGAAUCCGUUCUGUGGAGCCAAAUUAAUCCACAAGAUGAUUCAGCAUACACUGUAUGGACAGUAUGAGGAUAGUCUAUACUGAUUGGACAUGAGCUGUCCAAUUAGAGAUGGACUUCUUGAAGAGAACACAAACGUGUGGUUUUUAUUGUUUGAUGAACAGUUUGUAAGGUGUAGUUUUGUUAAUGCAGUUCCUUGUCUGUGUUUCAAGAGCUUGAAUAUAUAACCCAUGACAUACAUACUGGGGAUGCACCAAUGUUAAAACUCUUGACAGUACAGAUAAGCCUAUGUUAUGGCGGAUAAAAAUGGCUGGUGUUAAAAUUAUACACUAUUUUGUUUAAACAAAAACAUUGUAAAGAACAGUAUGAAAAUGUAUAUUCAUUUUUAGACUUGCUAAAAGCUACCUUGAACAGUGAUUAAAUGUGUUUUAAAAGUUAACUUAAAAAAACUUUUAAAAACAAACUACAUAUGAUGCUAAAUGCAAAAAAAAAAAAGGUAAUCUAAAUGCAAAAAUAUGGGAAAAUUGUAUUGGAUUUUCAUUA